AUGACCUCUAUUGAGCAGCAAUGGAGUGCUUUCUCAAUUAUCGACGCCGAGGCUGUUAAGCUUCGCCAACUACGAACAGGAAGCUUGAAUGAACUCUUCUGCACUAUUGAUACCACCAGAUUCACAAGUGGCGCAUGCAAUAUUGUGGUCGCAUUAAGCUUCUCCGAUGGGCUCCAAUGGGUAGCCAGAAUUCAACUCCCGCUCAUUGAUGAGAAUGAUGAUAGUGAAAGUGUGGAAACUUCACUUCUGAGUGAAGUCGCGACAAUGCAACUGAUCCGCGCGAAGUCCACUAUACCUAUACCCAGUGUUUUUGGGUACGAUGCGUCACCUAAAAACAUUGGAUAUCGGUACAUUUUGAUGGAAGCUCUACCAGGCCACGCCCUCACCAGCCGGAUGGCGGUCUCGAUACCGGACGAGUACAAGGAAGAAUUUGCAGCUCGGUUGGCUGGCCACUUAUUUGACCUCAGCACAAUUAGCUUUGGUCAAAUUGGACGCCUUGGCAACUCGCUGGAUGAGUUGGGUCAACAUAUCAUGCUACCAUUCUCAGUCCCAGGAUCUUCGAAAGAGAUCCCCUCCCAACAUACCUAUUCAAUACUCCGGGACCAUGCGGGAGAUAAUGAAUGGGAGGCAGCAGCCCGAUUGCUGGGGAGCUCCGUGGCGGCGAUGUUUACCGAACAAAAUAUCAAUGGUCUAUUUCCACUUUGCCAUGUUGACUUUCACUACAACAACGUGCUCGUUGAUGAUGAGUGUAAUAUCACCGGUCUUGUAGGCUGGAGCAAUGCUCAGACCGUGCCCCUUGAGCGAUUUGCCAUCAUCCCAGAGUUCGUCGCACCGCCAGCUGCACCAAUUGCAUCCAAACAAGCAAUCGCCAGCUUCCGCCAAACCUUUGUGAGAGCAUUGGCAAAAGUGCAGGUUGAGCGCGAGGGAUUGCAAUCUCCAGAGCAAGGGACACUAUCACACCUCUUUGCCUCUCCUCGAUCGGAACUUGUUGUUUGA